AUUCCGUUCAUUCAUUGCGGCUUUUUACGACAGCGGUUUACGACACUGCACAGAGUUCAUCGUUGUCCUGUUGAAGAUGGCGUCGUCGUUUUGGAAAGGCGUCGUCGGCAUUGGACUUUUUGCCUUAGCACAUGCGGCAUUCUCGGCGGCACAGCAUCGGUCAUACAUGAGACUCACAGAGAAGGAAAACGAAACCCUGCCAAUUGACAUUGUGCUGCAAACCUUAUUGUCUUUCGUCAUGACCUGCUAUGGUAUUGUCCACAUUGCUGGAGAGUUCAAGGACAUGGAUGCUUCAUCAGAGCUCCAGAACAAAACCUUCGAUACGCUGAGGAAUCAUCCGUCUUUUUACAUUUUCAACCACCGAGGACAAGUGCUGUUCCGCAGCCCCGAGGAGGAGGCGUCCUCUCUACGCCAGCCGCAAGCGAUUCCCAGCUCGUUUCGGCUCCGCAAGCUGGAGCACUUGCACUAAGACUGGCCUUUUCCCUGCCUGUGAGAUGACUAACGUCACUUAUUAGUUUUUUUUCAUGUUAGACAAGGGGUUCGGGGGGUAGAGUCCCAACUCGACACCCCCUAUUUUUUUUUAUUUUUAUCAUGUAUUUGUACAUACACGAUGUAUCAUGCUGUACAAACACGCACUUCACAUGAGUAGUGACCAUCAUGUCCGCCUCCACCUGUGUGCCAACCCUUGCGUAUUUCCAGCAGGUGUUUGUUUGGAAAUGCUGUAGAGUCUUAAAAUACAGAGACCCCUUCUAGCCAUUGUUGUCCCUAUUGACACCACUUGGGAUGUAUCUCUCCUUUGCACUGAAUAUGCUCUGUAUGAAGGCUAUCAUUGCAUCUCAUCAGACCGUAGAAGAUAUUGCGCAGCCAUUAGCUUGUUGGUCGUAGCUCUUGUUUGCAAUAAAAGGUUUGAUAUUUGCCACAGGUUACAUCACUAAGUCUAAAUCUACUGACCUGAAAGUGAAAUAAUGAUACAGUAGUUUUGUUUUCAUUGCCGUUUUCUUCAUGUAUAAUUUAAUAAAAGCAACCCGAUUUUACUCUGAACACAAUGUUAUGUGCGUAUCAGUUCGAAAUGUAGUGACGUCAUGUAAAUGAACUAGGCUGUCGCUAAUGUGGCCACUAGGUGUCAGCAGAGCAACUGUAACACGGUCUGACCUUUAAACGAGUUUUAAGUUACGACUCAUUUGCAGUUGGUAUUGAGAUACACUCCAAUAUUAAACACGAACAAUAAAACAGGAGAAGUCCUCACAGA